UAGUUUUUUUUUGGAAUUUUGUGUUAACAAUCGUAGUCAUUAUUACGGUGCAAACCAACAAAAUUAUAUCUCUAAAUUAACAACCAAUAACCAACAAAGCAGAAAUUUAAAGUUAUCUUACGCGGCUGCUAAAUUCAGAGCAAGUGAAACUUCUAGUAAAUAAUUAAUUGUGUGCAUUUUCUGAAAUUGUGAAAUUGUUGCUUGGUCGUCGAAUAAGCAAUUAAAAUUCUUAUAAGAACAAAUGCGAAUUGUGAAAUCGUGGCAAAACAAUCAAAUAGAAUAAAUCUGAGGAACACAAGCAGAGGUGCAAAUUACAACAACAACAACGGUCACAUUUUGCGAAAAAUCAAAGAAAAACUUUGUCAAAUUGUCGCUGGUCAGUUUGUUACACAACCAACAAUAACAAAAGAAAAAACAAAACAAAUUCUGAAUCAGAUUCAAAACGUGUGUGAAAAACAGCAGCACGCGGUCACACAGACACACGCACCCACAGCGUGUAUGUAUAUGUGCAUGUAAGCAAAGCAAAGCCAGCAGCGAAAGAGAGACAGCGAGAGCGUGCACAGUGAGAGCGAGGGUAGCAGCACCAACAACAAACAGUGCCCAACGCAGACCGACGCCGACGCCAGCUUUACUUAUAUUUUUCAAUAUUGACAUCGAGAGCAACAGCUGAGCAGUCAACUGCAGCAUCAGCAGCAUCCAACGCCAAUUAGAAAACAUCUUAUUGGAAGCAUUAUUCUCAAACUGCAUUUUGCCGAAAAAUGGGCCUAUUGAGCGAGGGCAAUCCACUCUCCUGGGAGGAGACAAAGAAGCUAGCGGAUCAUGUGCGUGAGCAUGGCAUCAAUCAGUUUAUAAAUCUGUACCACAGACUGAAGGAUCGUCAAGGCGAUAUACUUAAAUGGGGCGAUGAGGUCGAAUAUAUUAUUGUGAAAUUCGAUGAUGAACAGAAGGUGGCACGUGUGGCGCUCAAGGCCAAGGAUUUGCUGAGCAAACUCAAUGAAAAGGAACUGGCCGAUCCCAAGGGUGUCAAAUCACUGUGGCGUCCCGAAUAUGGUGCAUACAUGAUCGAGGGCACACCGGGUAAACCAUUUGGUGGCCUCAUGGCCCAUUUCAAUUUGGUGGAGGCCAAUAUGCGCUAUAGACGCGAAGAAGUCACCGAGCUGCUGGCCAGCGAUGAGUGUGUCAUGUCCAUUACCAACUUUCCACGUCUUGGUGCACCAAAUUUCACCUAUCCAUUACAUCUGCCACGUCCCGAGGAUCCAUUGAGCUCGGCACGUUCCCUAUACUUUCCCGAUGAGGCCAUCUUUCCGGGUCAUCCACGUUUCAAGACGCUGACCCGCAACAUUCGCAUGCGACGCGGCGAGAAGGUUUCCAUCAAAUUAAAGGUUUUUAAGGAUGUGAACACAAAGUUGCCCGUGGAGGGAGCACCGCCGGGUGAACCCGAUGUUGUCCUACUGGAUGCCAUGGGCUUUGGCAUGGGCUGUUGCUGCUUGCAACUGACGUUCCAGGCUUGCAACAUAACGGAGGCACGUCGUCUAUACGAUCAACUGGCACCGCUUUGUCCCAUCAUGUUGGCAUUGACAGCCGCCUCGCCGGUUUAUCGUGGCUAUCUAACCGAAUCGGAUUGCCGCUGGAAUGUGAUUAGCUCCUCGGUCGAUUGUCGCACGCCGGAGGAGCGCGGUCUGUCGCCGCUGAAGGAAAGCAAAUUUCGUAUUGCCAAAUCGCGUUACGAUUCCAUAGAUUCCUAUCUGUCGCCGGAGGGUGCCAAAUACAAUGAUGUCAAGUUGACCUACGAUGAGAGUGUCUAUAAUCGUCUCAUCGAUGGCGGCAUCGAUCAUCUGUUGGCCCAGCAUGUGGCCCAUCUCUUUAUUCGGGACACGGUGUCGCUGUUUAGCGAGAAGGUGCAUCAGAAUGAUAAUGAGGAUACGGAUCACUUUGAGAACAUUCAGUCGACCAAUUGGCAAACAAUGCGCUUCAAGCCGCCACCACCAAACAGCUCCAUUGGCUGGCGUGUCGAGUUCCGUCCGUGCGAGGCACAGAUCAGUGACUUUGAGAAUGCCGCCAUUGUUUGCUUUGUGGUCCUGCUGACUCGGGUGAUUCUCUCGUAUCAGCUCAAUUUCCUAACACCCAUCAGCAAGGUCGAUGAGAAUAUGCAGACGGCCCAGAAGCGUGACGCUUGCCGUAAGGAGAAAUUCUGGUUCCGCAAGUCAUCCAAGUCGACGGAACAGCGCGCCGCAUGUGUGCAACUCAAUGGUGCCCCAGCGGGUUGUGCCACAAAUGGCAAAGCUGGCGAGCAAGCGCAUCUCAAUGGCACCGCCAAACUAAAUGGACAGUGCAAUGGACUCAAUGGCAACACCAACAACACCAAUGGCAUUCACGCUCAAAAUGGCGUCGAUAGCGAUCACACCGAUACGGAUGAUGAGGAGAACGAGCUGUUCCAGUUGCUCACCAUUAAUGAGAUCUUUAAUGGCAAGCCCGAUGUAUUCCCCGGACUGGUGCCGCUUAUACGCAGCUAUCUGCAGUCCAUGGAGGUGGACACGGACACGCACUGCACCAUUGAACAGUAUCUACGCUUCAUACAGAAGCGUGCUGCCGGUGAACUGAUCACCACCGCCACCUGGAUUCGCGAACAGGUGCUCAAACAUCCGGACUACAAGAAAGAUUCGGUGGUUAGCGAACGCAUUAACUAUGAUCUGCUGAAAACCAUACAGCGCAUUCAGGAGGGCAAGCAUAUUGAGCCGGCGCUGCUGGGUCAGGGUAAUCAUUCCAAGACGAAAGAUUUCAUUCCGCCCGCCUUACAGAAGCAGCUGGCCAAGACCGGUUGCUGUGAGGAUAAAUGAUCGCGCUGAAUUUUGCAACACAAAACAUAAAUCAAACAAAAACCAACAAACAAACAAAACCCAAACAAAAAACAACAAUCUCACACAUCAACAUUUAUACAUAUAUCUAUCUAUAUAUAUUUAUAUAUAUAUGUAUAUAUGUGAACAUAUAUACGAGUAUAUUGUGUGGCAAGAUGAUGGGCAACAUGAAGCUCAAGUCGUAGCUGAAAUGGAAAUGGAAUAUUGCUGGAUUCAGCAUGUCCAGCCGCUGGGAUCAUGAUGUAUGGAUGGAUGGAUGGAUGGAUGAUGGCGCAAUGCAAACAAAAUUAGCGCACAUUUUGGAUGGGGCCCCGGCAACAUUUAUCAAUAUUACUAUUUUUAUAGCAUAAUUCUAACAAAAUUUAACAAUUAGCGCGCAAGCAAAAUUACAAAAUGCACCUAAUUGUGGAAUGGACAAAAAAAAAAUGUUUGGGCGGCUGUGGCAAAUCGCAAAUGCCUCCCUUGUGGAGCGAGCGAUGAAAUUGGCUGAGUAAGCUGAAUGCCUGGAUGGAUGGAUGGAUGAAUGGAUGAAGAGCAGAGCAGAGCAGAGCAGAGCAAAUGGUAAAGGAGGAGAAGUAGGGAUAACAGUAGAUGAAGAUGAAGAGAAAGCGGGCUCCGCUAGUUGCAAAACAAAAAACAAAACAAAACAAACAAAAAUCUAUUACACAAUUCAAUUAAUUAUUAUAUACCUACUGGCUACUUAUUAUUAUAAUUAUUUUUUUAAAUAAUUUUUUUUUUUUUAUUAUUAUUAUUAUUAUAUCUAUAUAUAUAUAUAAAACUGUAUUUGUUGUAUUAUUAUUAUAUGCUACUAUUACGAUAGAUGCAAGUGACAUUGUUAUUUUUGAUGCCACAUGUGCCCCAAUCCAAUCCUUAAUCCCUCAAGCUCAAACUCAAUCGUUCCACAUGACGCAAUAAACUUAACCCAAUUAUUAUGGAAUAAUUCAUAGUAAUCAAAUUUAUUCUCUAUGCCUGCUGUUAUUAAAUUUUUAUAUGUUCUUUAUAAACAAAAAAAAGAAAUUGUGCUAUUAUAAUUUAUUGUGUAUGUAUGUAAUCACGAAACACUAUUAUUAUUAUUAUUCUAAUUAUUGCAACAUUAUUACUGCGGUUUUUGUGGCCGCAAAUCAAGCAAAUAAACGACAACAAAAAUCAAAAACUACUGUUGAAAAUUAUAUUAUAUGUUGAUUCCCUGUGCCGUAAGAAAAGAAUGAAGAAAAAAAGAAAGAUGAAAGGAAAACCACAUUUAAAGUCAUUGUUCUAUAAUCAAAA